CAUCCUCUCCUCAUCCCUUCCUCCUCGUCCUCGUCCCUCUGCUCGCUGCACAUCCUCACCGGUCUACGAUCAACAUGGCGACAGCAUCGGUGUACAAGGGUGCCGGAUUUGACUUCACAAACGAAGUCCGGAACACAUUCCUCUCCGAGCGCGGAAUCCCGCUCCCCAAAGCUACCAGCACCGGUACCACCAUCGUCGGAUGCCUCUUCAAAGAUGGUAUCAUCUUGGGCGCGGAUACCCGUGCGACGGAGGGUCCCAUCGUAGCGGACAAGAACUGCGAGAAGAUCCACUUCAUCACGGACAACAUUCGCUGCUGUGGUGCGGGUACCGCCGCCGACACAGAAUUCACGACCGCCCUCAUUUCCUCUAACAUGGAGUUGCACGCGCUUUCGACCGGCCGCAAGCCGCGUGUAGUAACAGCAAUGACCAUGCUCAAGCAGAUGCUCUUCCGAUACCAGGGUCACAUCGGUGCCGCGCUCGUACUCGGCGGAGUAGACGCCACCGGCCCACAACUCUUCACCAUCCACCCCCACGGUUCCACAGACAAGCUCCCGUAUGUGACCAUGGGCUCCGGUAGCUUAGCAGCAAUGGCCGUCUUCGAGUCGAAGUGGCAGCCAAACAUGGAGCGCGCAGAAGCGCUCGACCUCGUCUGCGCCGCGAUCUCCGCGGGUAUCUUCAACGACCUCGGCUCCGGCUCGAACGUCGACGCGUGCGUGAUCACCGCCUCGCACACGGAGAUGCUCCGCAACCUCGUGAAGCCGAACGAGCGCGUGCAGAAGGAGCGCUCGUACCAGUUCCGCCGCGGGACGACCGCGAUCAAGAAGGAGUCCAUCCGGAGCCUCAUCGUUGACGAGGACGUCACGAGCAUCGCGGGCGAGGCGAUGGACAUCAGCUAGAGUACUCGUCGAGCGCGAAGGGAGUUUGUGUGUAGGUGCGAACGAUUGUAAUUGUAUGGACGGUUUGCUGCACACAGGGCUUGGCAUACGUUUGUGCACUGCGCCCGGACUUUUUUGUUGUUGUUGUGGUAAACUUUUUAAGGCCAGC